GGCGGGUCGCUCGCAGCCGCAGCCGCCGUUCGGGACGCGCGGGGCUUCAGUUGUCGCUCGUCUCUGACGGUGAAGUAAGUGACGGGCGGCGUCCAUGAGCGGGAGGAGAGGCCGGAGAUCGAGUGCCGGUCAUCAUGGAGCCGCCGCCGCCGCUCUCCGUGAUGGCAAAGCGGCCACAGUGGAUCCUGGGGCCAGAAAGCGCCUGAAGCUGCUGGAAAUCCAUCGGGCCCUGAACGCUGACCCUGUGGACGUGGAGGCCUUGCGGAGGGCGGCAGUCAGUGAGGGGGGGUUGCUGACCAACGAGAUCCGCAGGAAGGUCUGGCCCAAGCUGCUAAAUGUCAAUGUUUACAAUCUACCUCCCAAACCAGGUAAAGCUGUAAGAACAAACCACAAGGACUACAACCAGGUGCUGAUGGACGUGAAGAGGUCACUGAGCAGGUUCCCACAAGGCAUGCGAGUGGAUCAGCGGGUGGCACUGCAGCAGCAGCUAAUUGACGUGAUCCUGUACGUCUUGAAGGGGAACCCACAACUGCACUAUUACCAGGGCUACCACGACAUCGCCGUCACCUUCCUGCUGGUGAUGGGGCCACGCAUGGCUGCGGCUCUCCUGCAGAUCCUCUCCACCCAUCAUCUCAGGGACUUCAUGGACAACACAAUGGAGAACACCAAACAUAUCCUCAACUACCUGAUGGCCAUCUUGGAGCAAGUGAAGCCAGAGCUUCACGAGUUUAUCCAGAGGGCUGAGGUGGGCACCAUCUUUGCACUGAGCUGGCUGAUCACCUGGUAUGGACAUGUCCUCUCUGAGUUCUGCCACACAGUCCGGCUGUACGACUUCUUCCUGGCGAGUCACCCCCUCAUGGCCAUCUACUUCGCUGCAGUGGUUGUUCUGCACAGGGAAGAGGCUGUCCUGAGGUGUGACUGUGACAUGCCCAGUGUCCACCAGCUGCUGUCCCAGAUCCCACAGGACCUGCCGUACCAAGCCCUGAUACAGAGAGCAGAAGAGCUGUUUUCGCGCUAUCCGCCCUCUCAGCUCGCCAAGCUACCCGCCCUGCAGCACCACAAGAGUAUCGCCGUCAGCAGUUUCCAGGGUUUCCAGCUGUCCAGGUGCCUGCAGCGGCCGGACCGGGUGCUACGUAGCGAGCAGUGGGAGAGCGCGGGUGCCCAGUGCCAGCCCACAUCCUCGCCUGGCGCCAGCCAGCUGGUCCGGAUGGCAGUGUGGGCACUGACUGCCACACUGGGCGCCGCUGCUAUUGCCGUUGUCAAUACCGCGGUGGAGUGGAGCCCGGAGUUCGUUCUGCAGCUAUUUUCAUGAAGCUUCUCCCCAACGUGUGCCCACCACAAACCAUCACAGCUUACCAUUGAUAUCGCUGAAUGGCCAAGCUUCCCCGCUGCUCGUCCA